ACUCCUAAAGUUUAAGGUAAGUGGUUCUGUUGCUUUGCAGCUUAUGCUCCUAACAUAUGGUAAAUUGCCUCUUAAACUUUUGAUUAAAAACGUAUAUAAUUGGAUUUUACCAGGUAAAAUGACUUAACAAUUUUCAAUUUGAUUUAUAAAGUAAACACGUAAGAACGCCACACUGUAUCUGAACUGCUCUAACAGUGACAUAAACUGGUGAGGUGGGUUCAAGUGUUCAAAAGGAGAACAGCUGAAAACCAUGCUGAAGAGGGAUAACCAUGGUUAUGAAGAGUUGUUUGAAAAUAAAGCAAAUCUAAAUUAAAUUUGAGUAAUACUUUGGGCUGCAACACUGGCUGAACUGUGUGAAAUUGCAUUGUUUGGGAAAAUUGUUGUCCAAGUGUCUUUGCAUGAAGAGAUUUUGGUUCUGGGCAAAAAUUGUUUUUGCAGUUAAUUGUUGAUGUGGGGGAUUGUUUGUGGAUUUUAAAGUACAGCCUUGAUUGGUUGUCAGGUAUAUUAAUUACUUACUUGAUUAAAGAACUGUGAAUUUUCUAUGUGCAUUGCAUAAAAUGGUUCUAAUUUCAGCCUGUGCACUCUGCACUUAUCAGAAUUUGACUUGGCUUUGUUUUCUGGGAACAGGUCGAUCAAUGAAAUGUUAUCAUGACAUGGCCAUUUUAAUCCAAAAUUAACUAAUCCACUGUGGGAAUAAUUUUUAAUAGUUUUUUUUUUUUCUUCUAUAGCCCACUUGGCAUUUGCUAACACUGCUUUCUUGAGUUUAACUUAUCUAACAGCCCAAGCUUCUCCCUGUCGCCUGCUCUCUCUCUUUACUCCAAAGUGAGUCGAGCAGCUGUCCCAGUGCGAUGGACCCAUCCAGCCCAAAGCACCCCGCCUCGCGCGCUGUGCAGCAGGAGAGGGGCAUCAUCAGUGGAGACAACGUUCAGUUUGGGCGCGUGAAGAGGCGCUCCCGUCUGUCCCAGUCUGAGAGCUCUGGCCCUGAGGAGGAGAUUGGUUCCUACGGCCGCAGCCCUGUGCUUCAGGGGCUCCAGGCCGAGCAGGUGUGGUACAACCGCAGCGCCUAUGACCACGCGGAGGGUAACUACCACCGGCAACGCACCUCCAGUGGUAACGGGCCAUUGAGCUCCUCCCCGCGCAGCCCUAAUGUCCGCUCUUUCCAUGCCAAACGUAACCAAAACCAAGAUCCCAACCACUCAUCUCCCACAAUGGUCAGGUCCUCCGGGACCCGACAGGACAACAAGGGCCGCAACCGCACCUCAUCAGAGACCGAGUCUGGGGCCAGAGGCAGCAGAGGGCCUGCCCCCCGCAAGAGAGGCUUCUCUGAGACCGAAAACAAGCCCAAACGGGACAAUACCAUCAUGAAAGGACUGCAGUGCCUCACCGCUGACAACAUCUGGUUCGACAAACACCGUUACGAUGACGCCGAGAGACGCUACUACGAGUCUCUGAGUGGCCACGUCCCUCAGCAACAACAUCAGGCGAAAUCAGCCCUGCAGCAGGCCAAAGGGAAGCCUAAACGGCAGCACAGGAACUCUUCCUCACACGCUGCAGCCGGAGACCAGGAGCUCAUCUCUCGCAUGAAGAGUCUGGAGGUGGAGAACCAGUCACUGCACAAAGUUGUUUACGAUUUGAGAGCAGCCCUGCUGAAGCUGGAGUCCAGAGUUGCUGUGCUGGAGAAGAGCCCUGCUGUCCCAUGUGCCAAGGCGGGCCCAGUUCAGGCAGCUCCCGUGCAGCAAAAGAAGGUAGAGAAUGGAGCCAAGGCCGCUUCGGAGGAUGAGGAUGAUGACCUGGACCUGUUCGGUAGCGACGAGGAAGACGAAGAGGCAGAGCGCGUCAAACAGGAGCGACUGGACGCCUACGCCGCCAAGAAGGCCAAGAAACCUGCUCUCAUUGCAAAGUCCUCCAUCAUCCUGGACGUCAAGCCUUGGGAUGAUGAGACAGACAUGGCAAAGAUGGAGGAGUGUGUGCGCUCUAUACAGAUGGACGGGCUCUUGUGGGGGGCAUCCAAACUGGUCCCGGUUGGAUACGGCAUCAAGAAACUGCAGAUCAACUGUGUGGUGGAGGACGAUAAAGUGGGCACAGAUAUCCUAGAGGAGGAGAUCACCAAGUUUGAAGACCAUGUCCAGAGUGUAGACGUCGCCGCCUUCAACAAGAUCUAAAGUCCAUCCACUGUUGCACAGUUAAUAAAAUACUAUGCAAUGAGCACAA